AUGUCGAGUGCUGAGGCUCGACUGGGUAGAUAUUUCAUCACUCCUUUGAGCUGUGGCGUCGUGGCUAGUCACGAGGUGAACUUGGGAGAGGCGCCUGCUGAUUCGCAUUCCCACAAUGAAGCCUAUCACAGCCACAAGGCUCAUCAGCAGAUUGGCUAUCCUCUUGUUUUUGGAUUCAUUUUCAUGUUGCUUGUUGAUCAGAUAAGCAAUGCAGCUUGGUCAAGAAACGAUCGUACUGGACGCAAUAGAAUGGGAGUUUCUGCGACCAUAGGACUUGUUGUGCACGCUGCU